AGCUUCUACUCUGAAAAGGUGGCAUCUUUUAUCAAUCAGGUAACGCAUUCGAGCUCUUAAAGCCCUUACUCUGUCUAUCUACAACUCAAUGAUUUAUAGGAGGAAGUUGUGUCCUAGAAAUUUUGGUAGACUGUCCAAAAACCCUACCUUAAACCCUGCCUUUCCCAAUUUCAAUUCAUACCCUAAUCUCUGCACUAGGGAACUCAAUAGUUAUGUUGGCAGUUCUAGAUUUUGGAGCUCUAUAUUGGGUUCCAGCUUAAUUUCUCCUAAAUAUUCUGUACCAAUAAACCCCAAUUUGGUAGGUAGUUCUGGGUUUUCAAGAUUGAAUUUUUCUGAAAAUUCGUUAUCUGUUGGGUGUGAUUUUGUUAGAAAUUACUGUUCUGGGAAGAACAGUGAUGAGUGGACUGAGGAGAUUGAGUAUUUGGAUGAAUCAGGCAGUGUUAUUUACACUGGGAAAGGUAUAAGGUCUGUUGAACCGGGGCUCGAUGACCAUGUAAUGGUGGGUGGUUUGAAAAAGCCGCUUCUGAAUGCCUCUGUGAUUGCUAAGAUUGUUGAGGUUGUGAAGAGGUGGAAAUGGGGGCCUGAGUUGGAGACCCAAUUGGACAAGCUCCAGUUUGUGCCAAACAUGAUUCACAUCACGCAAGCAUUGAAGGUGGUUAAAGACGGUGAAGGGGCUCUGAGUUUGUUUCGGUGGGCGAAGAGGCAGCCUUGGUAUUUGCCAAGUGAUGAGUGUUAUGUGUUGUUGUUUGAUGGCCUGAAUGAAAGUAGGGACUUUGAUGGGAUUCAAUCAUUGUUCGAUGAAAUGGUGCAGGAUUCGAGUAAUAAUGGGGUUUUAUCAUCUACUGCAUAUAAUCGUGUCAUUCAGUUUUUGGCUAAAGCAGAUAAAAUGGAGGUGGCAUUUUGUUGUUUUAAGAAGAUUCAAGAUUCAGGAUGUAAAGUUGAUACUCGGACAUAUAAUUCGCUUAUACUGCUGUUUUUAAAUAAGGGUUUACCUUAUAAGGCAUUUGAGGUAUAUGAAAGCAUGCAAGCUGCAAACUGUUCUUUGGAUGGAUCAACCUAUGAGUUGAUGGUACCAAACUUGGCAAAGUCGGGCCGCCUUGAUGCAGCAUUUAAGCUCUUCCAAGAAAUGAAAGAGAAGAGUGUUAAACCCAGCUUUAAUGUCUUUGCAUCACUUGUUGAUUCAAUGGGAAAAGCUGGGAGGUUGGACAUGGCAAUGAAGGUAUACAUGGAAAUGCAGGGUUAUGGUUUCAGGCCAUCUGCUCCCAUGUUUGUAUCCAUGAUUGAGUCAAAUGUAAAGGCUGGGAAGUUGGAUGCUGCCCUCAGACUUUGGGAUGAGAUGAAGAAAGCAGGCUUUAGGCCUAAUUUUGGGUUAUACACAAUGAUUGUUGAGUCCCAUGCAAAAUCAGGAAAACUUGAUAUUGCCAUGUCUACCUUUACGGACAUGGAGAAGGUUGGAUUUCUACCCACUCCAUCUACGUAUUCAUGUCUGUUGGAAAUGCAUGCUGCCUCUGGACAAGUAGAUCCUGCCAUGAAGAUCUAUAAUUCGAUGACCAAUGCAGGUUUAAGACCAGGUAUGAGUACGUACACUGGCCUUCUAAUGCUCUUAGCUAAUAAGAAGCUUGUGGAUGUGGCUGCCAAAAUUUUGCUCGAGAUGAAGAGCAUGGGAUAUUCUGUUGAUGUGAGUGCUAGUGAUGUACUGAUGGUGUAUAUCAAGGAUGGUUCUGUUGAUGUUGCUUUGCGGUGGCUACGUUUCAUGGGUUCAUCAGGGAUUCGAACAAAUAAUUUUAUAAUUAGACAGCUGUUUGAGUCAUGUAUGAAGAGUGGUUUGUUUAAGUCAGCAAAGCCUCUCCUUGAAACUUAUGUGAACUCUGCUGCAAAAGUCGACCUGGUACUGUACACAUCCAUUCUAGCGCAUCUUGUAAGAUGCCAGGAUGAAGAGAAUGAGAGGCAUUUGAUGUCAAUACUUAGUACUACAAGACAUAAGGCACAUGCUUUUAUGUGCGGACUCUUCACAGGUCCAGAACAGAGGAAACAACCGGUGUUAUCUUUUGUGAGGGAAUUUUUCCAAGGUAUUGACUAUGAGUUGGAAGAGGGGCCUGCUAGGUACUUUGUUAAUGUUCUCCUCAAUUACCUUGUUCUUAUGGGCCAGAUAAACCGAGCUCGAUGUGUUUGGAAAGUUGCCUAUGAGAAUAAACUUUUCCCGAAGGCAAUUGUUUUUGAUCAGCAAAUAGCUUGGUCUCUUGAUGUCAGAAACUUAUCAGUUGGAGCUGCUCUCAUAUCAGUUGUGCAUACUCUCCAUAGGUUCCGGAAACGAAUGUUGUAUUAUGGUGUUGUCCCGAGACGUAUUAAAUUGGUCACUGGACCAACUUUGAAGAUUGUGAUUGCACAAGUUUUGAACUCUGUGGAAUCUCCAUUUGAGGUUAGUAAAGUAGUGCUGAGGGCUCCAGGAGAUGCUGUCAUGGAGUGGUUUAAAAAACCUAUUGUUCAACAGUUUCUUCUGAAUGAGAUUCCAUCCAGGUCUGACAUCCUCAUGCACAAGCUGAACACUCUUUUUCCUAGUUCUGCGCCUGAACUAAGAUCUCUGUCCCCUCCCAAAAUGCUCAUGGGAAGGAAAGGAAUUUAGAAGUUUUUGAUAGCUGAAUGAGAUCAGAUUGUGCCUUUGGAAGUGGAAAUGUAAGUUCUUGAUUUUUGACAGUCUGAAAUUAAUGUACAUAAAGGGUUGGUGGUUUGUACUUGUUCCGAAUCAAUGAGUAUUAUGAAGCUUUGAUG